AGACUGAGAGAGAGUCAAAGAGUCAAAAUGACUGGAAUACAAAAGUCUGAGACGUAGAAUAGGGGACUCAGGAGAGGAAGAAGAAGACGAAGACGAAGACGAAGAUGGAGAUGCAGAGUAAUCAUCGUCGUAGAGUAAGUUGGUCUGAUCUUCCCUCCGAAACAGUUCAAUUAAUCGCCCAAUUCAUCUCCAAAGUAAAGGAUUUGCAAAAAUUCCGGGCAGUGUGCAAAGAAUGGCGGCGCUCAACCCUAAUUUCCGCCUUCUUACCCCACCGUAUCAUUUCCGAUGUCCCUCAAAAGGUAAUUUCCUCCUCCAUCCUCCUUCUACGCCCGCCUGAUGCUCUGCAUUUCCCGCCAUGGAUGGUCCUCGCUGUUGAGGUUACCAAAGGCGUCUUCCAAUUCUUCCACCCUUUCUCCCGAACUCCCCUUUCUGAUCUUCCCCAAAACCUAGAUUUAGGCCAUUUUCAAUCCACCCAGCUCACCACCGGUUACCAUGUCGUCUACGACGACAAUGACAAUGACAAUGACAAUGACAAUGACCAUAAUCUAUUCUCUUUGUACAUCAAAGUGGUGAUGUGUUAUACGGGUGAACGAUUUACUCCUUCGUUUCGCUAUUGUACCAUGUUGACUUUAUCUGAUGGUGGUCGAACACACAAAUCGCGACCAUUUUCGAAGUAUAAACAACAACAAAAGGACUCUUGCCUACAUGCCGAUGACGUUAUAAGGUAUAAGGGGAGGACCUAUGGAAUAGAUAAGCAAGGGAGCCUGAACUCAUCUUGUUGGGUGGAUAUAUCACAUUUCUGUUUGACUUUCGUUGAUUGUCACUUUUGUGGUAAGCUGAAAGUAGGGCGAUGGAAGCGUUUGGCAACAAGGAUAUCAUCAUCAGAAGAGAAACUUUACAUGAUUGUGCCCGUGGAUGGACAUGGCGGAGGACCAAUGGGGGCUAUUAAUCUGCAAUUUAAAGUUUACGAGAUCGAGCAUAGGGGUAAGAGACUAUCUAACUUUGUUUGGGUUGAGGUGACGAGUUUUGGGGAUGCUGAUCAGGUGCUGUUUGUCACUAGAGAUUACUGCUUCUUUGUUGGGGCAAAGGAAUUCCCUGGAUGUCAACUUAAGGACUGUAUUGUCUUCUCAGACGACGCAUUUCCUUCCUAUUUGGAUUAUAAACCUGAAUCUGGUUGGAAUUAUGAAAGCAAAGCUGGAAAUAAGGCUGCAAUUUACUCGUUGAGUGAACAAGGUCAUUACAGUCUGCCUAUUGAAUGUUUUCCAGGCUUUCCAUUGAUGUUGUGGUCUCCUCCACCUUGGGUUUCGCAGAGUGUUUCUUCUCCUUUGCAAUCUCAGGCUCAAAGUGCAUUUGAGGAGGUUGAAAUGAUACAACGAUAUUAUUCUGAGAGGGAAGAGGAGGAAUAUUCUUCUGCGAGUGAAGAGGAGGAAUAUAAUUCUGAGUCUGAAAGCGAGGAACAAACCACUGAAACUCUUUCUACUAGAGCUGCUCAAGCACAAACUACAAGAUCUCUACCUGUAGUGAAUGAUAUGGAGCAUGCUGCAGAAGAAGCUUUGGUGACCGGGAACUUAGAUGAUGCCAUUGUUCAGACAGAUAACACGGAGCAUUUGGUUCAGGCUUCUGUAAACAGAGUUGUUACCUUCAAGUUUCAAGGACUAGAUGUCGAGUCUAAUCACCUCCCUGUUUUACAAAAUGUUUGGAUGAAGCAUGGAGAUAUUGUUGAAGGAAGUUUGAUACGUAGUUGUGAUACCAAAACCAUGGCAUUUGCAUCUUUAGCAAAGAUAAUUCUUAUUCUCCAAACCAACUCUGGAAAGACGUUAACUGAUGAUCAGGCGAUUAUCUUGACUCGACUUUAUCUGACCUUCAAUGCAUGCAGCUGAAAGUAGAUUGGUUGACUCCUUUUGUUGAAAAAGCUUUGGUAAUGCACAAAAACAAGCCAUUGCAGGCUUCUUUGUUGGAGCUUGAGAAGGCCAAGGCUAGUGCAGAAGAGACGGAGAAGAAGUUCCUUGCGGAAAUGGCUGAAAUGAAGAAAGAACUGGAUAGGGAUAUAAGGUUAGUUUCUGAGAGUUUGCCAAUGAAUCCGGAUAAAUACCUUGGGGAUGGACUGUUCUGAAUUCUCAAAUUGCAGAUAUCUGAAUCUAUCAUAAUUAUUGGACGCGGAUUAUGUUUAUUGUCAUGAAUUGGUUAUGUAGUAGAAGAAAGCACAUAACUUGUUCACUUCAUCUGGCCUGUUUAGUGUUGUUGUAGUAAAGAAAUCACAACCUUUUGCUGGUGGCUGUUGAUGUUGAUCCUAGAUUGAGUUGAUGUUUUUUGAAACCUUUCCCUUAUGUUCAUGGUUUUAUUUCUUCUAAUCCAAAAUAGAUUAAUAUUUUGUAUUGAAUUAAAUUGGGGUUUUAAGCAUAUCAAAUGAACCUUUUGUUUGUUAUGAAUUCUUGUAAGAACUAGUUAAUGAAGCAUAGCAUUUAUCUUUGAAUU